AGUUUGUUUUCCGAGAUCGGCGAAACGCCGAGUAGCGACACGGGCAGCAGGGAAAAACGCCGCCGCAAGCUCAUGUGUUUGGAUUGAAAAUAGCGAAAUCUGUAUCAACUACCUCAUCAAUAUGUUGGGGGAUUUAAACAAAAUGAAAGUAGUCGAGCUGAAGGCGGAACUGGCAGACCGUGGCUUGGAUACCAAAGGAGUUAAAGCUGUGCUAGUUGAACGACUGAAAGCGGCGCUGGAAGCAGAGGGAGAAGGUGCAACUGUGGGCGGUUCUGUAUCAGGAGGUGAAGAUCAAAAGUCAUCCCAAGAAAGCAACGACGAAACUGAGGAACCCCUUUCCAGCCCUUCAAGGAGAGCCAGAAGAAUGGUGUCAACAAAGGAUGUUGACCAUGGGGACGGUUCUCAAGUUGACCAAGAAUCUAACCCUGUCACAUCAGAGGAACAUCCACCCUCACCCACCCCAAUUGAUCAAGAAGAAAAUUCUUCCGUUGAACAGGAGGUUGCCUCUGUUGAGCAUGAAGAUGCUGCUCCCAUUGAAGGGGUGAAAGCUCCGGCUGAACAAGCAGAGGAGGCACAUCAAGAAGUUGACAAUUUGGUCUCUGCAGUUGACCAAGAACAUUCAAGCCAUUCGACAGAGGAAGAAACAUCUGCCAAUGAACAGCAAGAAGAUCCACUGGCAGUUGGUGAUUCUGAAAACCAACAGCUGCUGAACAGUGAUGCAGUUUCAGCACAGAGUGAUUUGGAAUCAUCUGAAAGCAAAGAUUCUACUGAGCAGCAAGAGGAUGCUUUAUUGCAGGGUGCAGAGGGUAUUAAGUCUGUAGAAGCAAUGGACCAAAAUGAAUCUGAACUUCUAGGUGAGGAGGAUUCCAAAUCUUCCUCUGCAGAGGCUGUUGGCGAUUCACAAUCUUCUUUGCCAGAUUCUGUGGAAGAUCAACCAACUCCGCCAGUUACUGACGAGGAUUCUCAGUGUAAAGAUUCUGAAACCACACAUGAUUCUAUGGAUAUCAAGGUUGAACCUCCAGACUUCUCCCAAGUCAAAGCUGAAGAUGGUGCUGACGAACCUGCUGUUGAGCAAGUUGAAGUAUCCAAACGAGUUCGCAAGUCCCGAUUUACUGAUAAUAACAAUGCUGAGCAGGGUAGUGUGGAGGUAAAAGAGGAAGCUGCAGUGAAAGAAGAGCCCAUGGAUACAGAAGGUGAAAGUGACAACCGAGCGAAAAGUGAGUCUUCUAAUGACCGUAAGCGCCGCCGGUCUUCCAGCAGAAGCCCACGAAGAUCAAGAUCACCCCCUGUUAGAAGACAAGAUGAUGAGCCGGAAUUUGAUGAAUCAGCCCUGUUGCUUAGCUGGUAUGAUUCUGAUCUUAACUUGGUCAUAGACAAAGAUAACUUUUUGACAGCUACCCCAAUGCAUCAACAAGGCUUUGGCUAUGUGUGGGCUGGUGCAAGAGCGUCAUUUGGGUUUUCUAAGGGCAAAGUAUGUUUUGAAACAAAGUGUUUAGAAGAAUGUGAUGUGUCACACCUUGAAAAUGAGGUGAAUCCUCAUGUCAUAAGAGUUGGAUGGUCAGUCCAGGGAACCUCUAUGCAACUUGGUGAAGAAAAGCUGUCCUAUGGUUAUGGAGGCACUGGCAAAGGUAGUGUGAACUGUCAGUUCAAAGAUUAUGGUAAAAGUUUUGGAGUUGGUGACACAGUUACUGCAUACCUUGACAUGGACAGUGAACCCAAGAUUUUAACCUAUGCUGUGAAUGGAGAACCUCAGGGAGUUGCAUAUGAAAUCAGUUCUGAAAGCUUGGGGGACAAAGCUUUGUUUCCUCAUAUUUUAUCCAAAAAUUCAAAGUUUUCUGUCAAUUUUUCUGGAGAACCAGCAUUUCCCCUCCUAGAAGGUUAUACACUCUGUGGAGAGGUUGCACUUGAAGAUCGUGUAGCAGGACCGCAGCGUCCUGAAAAGAAAGAGGACUGUGAAAUGAUUAUGAUGUGUGGUUUACCUGGGUGCGGUAAAACAUUUUGGUCUACAAAGCAUUCGGCUGAGAACCCAGAAAAGUUGUAUAACAUUCUUGGAACUAACAACCUAAUUGAUAAAAUGAAGGUUAUGGGGCUUCCCCGAAAAAAUAACUAUCAUGGUCGCUGGGAAGUUCUUAUUGAAAAGUGUACUAAGUGCCUUCAAAAGCUGUUGGAGGUUGCUGGGCGACGUCGUCGGAACUACAUUCUAGAUCAGACCAAUGUGUACCCAACCGCAGUCAGGCGCAAAAUGAGAUCUUUCGAUGGCUUCAAAAGAAGAGCAGUGGUAAUAGUUCCAGCUGAUGAUGAGUUCCAAAGGAGGGUAGCCAAACGAGAGGCAGAAGAGGGAAAAGAUGUGCCGGACUCGGCAGUGCUGGAGAUGAAAGCCAAUUUUAAAGUACCCGAAGUUGGAGACAUAUUCUCUGAAGUAAGUUAUGUGGAGCUGCCAGAGGAUGAAGCUCGAGCAGUGGUAGAGAAGUAUCGUGAGGAUGCCAAAGGAAAAGGCUAUGUGGCUCAAACCCAGCAAGCCAAACGUUUCAAGUCUGAGAGGUCUGGUAAUUCUGGAGAUCGACGAUUCGAUGACAGACAUGGUAGCAGGGAUAACAGAGACCACCGUGACCGCAAUCGAGACCAUAGAGACAAUCGGGAUAACAGGGACCACAGAGAUCGAGGAAGUAGCUACCGGCCUAGAGGAGGUCCUGGAGGUGACAGGAACAGGAGUGGCUGGCAGCCUAGAGGUGGACAAGGUGGUGGAUGGAGAGAUAGGAAUGAUGGUUAUCGUGGUGGUCGUUCUGACAACAGAGGGUCAUGGAGGAGCGGAGGUGGUAGAAGUGGUAUGGGUGGAGGCUAUGAUCGUCGCAGUGGUGGCUACAAUCAGAACAGAGGUGGUUAUGGUGGUGGAAGAGGGAACUCAAAGGGCUGGGGCUACAACCAGGGGUCUGGUGGUUCUUCCUGGGGAAGCUGGAAUCAGCAACCACAACAAGACUACUCUCAGUGGCAAGGCCAGAGCCAAGGUCAAAGUCAGGCUUCAGGAUACGGCUCUAGCUGGAAAGGCUAUGGGCAACAACAGCAAAGUCAGCAACAUCAGGGCUAUGGCCAAAGUUCAACAGGGUACACCACCCAGGGAUACUCUAGCUAUGGCAAUGGUAGUAAUUCUUACAAUUGGAACCAACAGUAUUAUCAGGGUUACGGAGGGUGGGGCCAGCAGCAAGCGGGAGCAACUGCAGCUAGUGCUGUAACGGGUACUGGAGCUUCUGCCAGCCCAGCUGUGGCCUCCACAACAAGUGCCACUUAUGAUCCGUAUCAGCAGUGGAAUAAUCAGUUCUCAUCUUAUGGCUACUCGACCAGUUCAGGGUCUGCUGCCACUGGUGCAACAGGUACCACAUCACAUGGUGGGAAAUGAUUAAUUCUGGAUUAAUUCUAAAACCCCUCUGUACCUGCUGAAUGUACUGAAGUGUACAAGAACAAAACUUGCAAUGUUUUGAGGUGGACACACUUGUACAUGGCCCCUACUCUCAUUUUUGUUUUUAGUACCUCAGUACCUCUUAUCUAAGUAGACAAGCUUUCAUCCCAAAAUUCUGUGGGAGGAGUCACUCAUGAAUUAAUGAAAGCUCUGAAAAUUGAUGGUUGUUAAUUUUUGGCAGUAUCUGCCAAUGUAUUACGAUUACUAAUGUAAGUAUGACUAAAACUUUGUGUAUACCUUUGGUGAACACACCAUCUUACACUUCAUUUGCGAGAAUGUAUGUGGUUCAGUGAAGUUUUUAUGAAUCAAAUUAAAGAUUAGAAUGUUUUUACUGUUUAUUGUCUAUGUGUUGCUUUGUUUUCCAAUACUGUACAAACUUGUGACAAAAUAUAAUUGUACUGUACAUAACUAA